AUGAAGAUUUCAUUCGCCGCCGCUCUCGCUCUCGCUGCCUCUGUCUCGGCUCAGGAGUUGCUUUCCUGCAGAAUCCAAAGUCAAGGAAACGAGGUUUUCGUAACCGACCCAGCCUUGUGCUCUGCUGCUCGCGGGCGCCAGGUUGCGGGUCAGUGCUGCGUUGGAAAUGGGUUGCAGAGGAGCGACUAUGCGCAGGCCUGCGGCGAGCGCGGUGACAGUUCUGGAAACAGAGGUGAAGUCAUCCCUGCUGGGACUUGUUGA